GACUACUUCUGUUCUGUGGGGUGGAUGAGAACACAAGAUACAACGUGACCCGAGAUGCUCUGUCCACAAUGCGGUCCAGAGAAACUAGACAAAAUGUGAACAUCUACAUCCCUUAUUGUGACUCUGAAUAACCCAGUAUGAAGUUCUCUCCUGCAUCACUGAACAAAAUGGAAGCGGGGAGCCAGAGAUCUGCGGAGAAGAAAGGCCGAGGAAAGUCCAAGAACUACUCCAGGUUCAUCUACAAGGUUUUAAAGCAGGGCCCUCAGGAGCAGAGCGUCUGUCUGUCCAAGGAAUCCGACCUGAUCUUCACCAUAGCGUCUGAAGCCGCCAGGCUGUCCUUAUAUAACAAGAGGAGAACCAUCACCAGGCGGGAGGUGGAGUCUGCAGUGCAGAACAUCACAACCUCGGGGCGCUCCACACACUCUGCAGCCACAGAAUGAAAAAU